UCAUGUGAUAUCGUUAUGUGAUUUAGCCCUUCUCAGUGUCACACGUUUAUAUGAUGCUGAUUGGUUGGAGGAAAUGCAAACUUAUACAACUUUUACUGCACUUAUGCAAUCUUAUGUAAGCGUACUUUAGUCUAAUGAGUGAUGUGUAUUUUAACCAAAUAGGUAUUUGUAUCCUCGUUUGGUAACUACAGUGCCCCUCUGUAUUUGCAGUGUCAUCCUAAUAUGCUGUUUCCAAGUCUUCUGCUAGUGAAUUCAAGUUUUUACUCACCAGUACAUCUGUACUAGAACAUAAAUGAAUCUAUGCAACAUAAAUACACAAACAUAAAUACAGCAAGUAUACUCAGUAAGACAGGGUUUGUAAAGGUAAUGUUUGUAGAGAAGUUGUAGACAAAUUGAGAUACAUGUUUAAGAAAUUGACACAAUGUUAUUCCUCAGGGUUUGUAAUAUUAUUGCCUCAGAAUGCAGGGUCUCGGGAAGAGACCGCGAGAAUUUCGACUGCAUGUGUCUUCCUACGUGCAGCAAAUGCUGAAAUACACAAAGGAAAAACAAGAAAGCAGUUAUCAGAGCACAAUUAUUGAACACCCAUAUGGCCAUGGCACAGUUUUCGUUGUAGGCGUCUGUCAUUGAAUUAGUGCGCGAGAUUCCCUGUUAUGAAACGCGGCGUUCGCUGUUUCACAACAGGGUGGAACGCGGAGCGGGGGAGCCAAUGGGAAGCACCACCACGCGUCACGUGUUUUUUAUUUAUGUAAUGUAAUGGUGUCAGAACCGAACCUAGCAUAAUCUGCGGUCUAAACACAAGACAAAGAUGUUGGUCUUGCGAGCUUAAAAACAGAAAAAUAGAGGUCCAUCGGUCGCUUUUUGUUUUGUCUUUGCACUGCGUUGAUGGAGUUCGAAGGAGUCAGUAAAGCCACGCUGAUCGGACUGAAGCGGAGUGAACCAAUUCAUCAUGCACAACAAGGGAAAACGUUACUCUCACAAAAAAGACUGAGAUAUGAUUGACAAUGGAUAAUCAUACAUGUUAAAUCUAUUGUCAUUUUUAAAAGGAAGUUGGAUAGGGAACCCUAAAGCAUGCUCUUGGCACAAAUUCGUAGAAACUGCCAUCGGCCUGAAGCUUAUAAAAGCAGUGGUCACGAAAUGAGAUAGGACAGAGCUAUUAAACUACCCGUGUCGUUUAACUUUUUAAUCAUGCCACAUUUCACGCUCACGAAUCGAGGUCUGUAACUUUUGACAAAGGGCAUCAGCUGUUCAACUUUCAGAAGGAAGCUGUCAUCGGAUGAAAGAGUCGAGGAUGGAUCUCCUGGAGUGUCCGAUCUGUCUGUUCCUCAUGUGCGAGCCCAUGACCAUGAGCUGCGGUCACUCGUUCUGCAGGAGAUGCAUGGGCGCUUUCCUGCCCUCGCGAUGCCCCACAUGCAAAGAGCGAUUAAAACAGAGAGAUGCGAAAAACAUCAAAAACAAUGUGUUACUCUUCAGCGUCAUUGAGAAAUGUUGCCCAGAAGAGACUAAGAUGAAAUGUCACAUUCAGGAGAAGCUGAAAACGAGCGAGUUUACAGAAGCGCUGCGUAUUGCGGACGAAGGGAUCGAGAUGGCCCCUGAUGAUGUGAGUCUGAAAGUGUGGAGGGCUGAAGCCUGCAUGGGCCUUCGUCGCUUUUCUGAUGCCCUCCGUGACCUGGAUGACCUGUGCGGUGUGCGACCCAAUUGGACGGAGGGUUUCUUUCGUAAAGGGAAUGUUCUUCUUGAAAUGGGCAGAAAGACGGAAGCCCUCAUCCAAUUCUACCGCUGUCUGAAGCAGCAGCCUGACUUUGCCCCUGCGAAAAACCAGAUUAAGAAGAUCUUGGAAGCAGAGGGCAUGGCUGUACCGGAAGAAGUUCCACGGAUCCUGCAUGUUGUGUCUGAGUACUUGCAAGAUCCCUGUCCUAUCACCAGCUCUGUAAGCCCCUCGUGUACAGAUGGUCAGCGCUACAUGCACAACAAUGCUGAAGGUCAAAGUGAUGCCGGACAGAAUGAAACUAAAGCGAAGCACAGCACCAGCGGCGAGUGCUGCCUGAGCCUGUGUCAGGCCGUGUCCUUCCUCCCCACUGCUGAGGAUGAUGAGGAACUGAUGAUGAAGAGAGAGGAGAAACAGAACAGAGGUGUGUGCAGUGUGGGCAGAGAGUCCUGCCUCAGCGUUCUGACAGUGACGGAUUUUGAGUGCCCUCUCUGCAUCAGGUUAUUCUAUGAGCCGGUGACAACACCCUGUGGACAUACCUUCUGCAAGAACUGCAUUGAGAGAAGUCUGGAUCAUAAUCUACGCUGUCCACUCUGCAAACAACCACUGCAGGAGUAUUUUAAGAACAGGAAGUACAACCCCACAGUGCUGCUGCAGGAGAUUAUGUCCCGCCUCUUCCCCCAGCAGUUGGCUGAGAGGAAACAGGUGCACGAGGCGGAGAUGGCAGAACUUUCAAAUUUGACCAAGGACAUCCCGAUCUUUGUGUGCACGGUGGCAUACCCUGGCAUCCCUUGCCCGCUGCACAUCUUUGAGCCUCGCUACCGUCUGAUGAUGCGUCGAUGUAUGGAGACGGGCACCAAAAAGUUUGGCAUGUGCAGCUAUGAGCAUGGCAAAGGCUUCGCAGAUUAUGGCUGCAUGCUGGAUAUUUUGGAUCUGGAUUUGCUUCCUGAUGGUCGUUCCUAUGUGGAUACAGUGGGAGGAAGUCGCUUCCGAGUGCUCAGGAGAGGACAGAGAGAUGGCUACCACACUGCUGAUAUUGAGUACCUGGAGGACCAUAAGGUUGAAGGCAGUGAGCUUGAAUUACUGCAGCGCCUCCAUGACAGCGUGUAUCAGCAGGCGAGGGAAUGGUACCACCGUCUGAACAGCCGCAUUCAGGAGCAGAUCAGCCGGCAGUACGGCAUCAUGCCAGAGAAAGAGGACGACAUUCAGGCAUCUGCUAAUGGACCGGCCUGGUGCUGGUGGCUGCUGUCAGUGCUGCAGUUAGAUCCAGCCUAUCAGACCACUGUUCUGUCUUUGACCUCCCUGAAGGACAGACUGGGUCAUCUACGCAUUGUACUAGAAUACUUCUCUCAAAGCUAGGACAGAGACACAUCAUACGCCCAUAUUGCUGAUCUCAUCACAUGCAUGCACCACGGAAAUUUUUUUACUCUACAUUUUGAUUCAACCGAGAGAGACUUGUUUCUCUCACCUAAAACUUUGUCACUUUUUUUUCUGAUCAUAAUCCAUGCACACAAGAUCUUUUGCUUGGAUAAUACAUCGGACUAUCUAUGAUAUGGGUUGGUUAAAAAUACGAUGACUUGUUCCAGUGGCUGUACAACUAUUGAAUUAGUCAUUGAACUAAUUCCUACUUAGUCAAGCACCAAAGAAUUAAGGACUCGUUCUACACGGAACAGCUGUUUAUUGGUUUACGCUGUUCGCUUCGUUAAACAUCAGAUUAGAUGCCAAAUGUUGCAGCUAGUUUUGUUGACAUACAUUUGAGAUGUUUCCAGUAGUACUGGGCCCUGGCCAGGAUUUUUUUUGAAUGUUUAGCUUACAUUUGUGGCCGAGAGGGAAACAGCUGGCCCAAGUGACUGAUGACUGAAUAGGAACUCAUUGAUUAUGCAUGAAUGAAACGCUUAUGACUACAGCCUCAAAAUCUCACAAGUCUGCCCGUACGUUUUAGUAGAAUCAGAAAUAAUAUUAUCCUCAGUAACUGAUGGGGAGGUACAUUAAUAUUUCAAUACUAAUGACAGAAAAUACACUUACUUUUUCCACAAAUGAAAGCUGCUAGCUGUGCUUGUUUCAUUUAUAGUAAUAAAUCAGUUGCAAGCUUGCUGGCAUGACAGCGGAGAGGAGAGAGGAUGGAAUUCUAGCAGUCAUUAAUAUUUUUUUGAAAGAAAUAAAUACUUUUAUUUAGCAAGGAUGCUUAAAAUUGAUCACAAGUGACAGUAAAGACAUUUAUAAAGUUACAAAAGAUAUGUUUUUAAAAAACGCUGUCCUUUUGAACUUUCUAGCAUUCAUCAAAAACAACAACAAAAAAAUGUAAUAAUAAGAAGAAAUGUUUCUUGAGCAGCAAAUCAGCAUGUUAGAAUGAUUUCUGAAGGAUCAUGUGACACUGAAGGCUGAAGUAAUGAUGCUGAAAAUUCAACUUGCCAUCACAGGAAUAAAUUUACAUUUUAAAUAUAUUCAAACGGAUAUUUUAAAUUCAAAUGAUUUUUCCACAAUAUUACUGUUUUAUGUUUUUAAUCAAAUACAUGCAGCCUUGGUGAGAUUCUUUAUAGUCUUAAUCUUAACAGCCCCAAAUUUUUGAACAGUAGCAUUUAAUACUCAAGCAAACGGCAGUUUCAGACUUGUCAUGGGCACCAGGGCUGUUGUGGGAGGUGUUGUAAAGAUUUUAGCCAUCUGGUUGAUCAGUACAGCUCUCCAAACCACUUUGUGUCAGUCGUAUUGGAUUGUUUCUGUGUGCUUGUGCCUUGUGUUGGGCCUUAAUCUGGUUUCGGAUAUUUGGUUGAGGACUGUGGAUUUAUUUAUGUUCCAUAUUUUACCUUUCUUCUGUUUUAGUGCCACAUUCCGAGGAAUGUUAAAACUGCAAUGUUAUAUAAGAUGUAACACUUAAAUGGGUUUAAAACAGACUUUUUUCCUACUCUGGUGAUUGUGCCAUUGUAUUGUUUUUUUUUUUAGCUCCUAAUGGCUGGAGGAACUCCAACAAGGGUUAAAAUGCACCCACCUGCCCUGUUAAUUUUUAUUUAUUUUUUUUUUUUUAACGUUUUUCAGAUUUGGUUUGUUGUGCACUGCUCUGAAGAUUACUGUCAAUUUGCCAUAUAUUGAAACCAGUUACUAACAGAUGGGUGCUUUGCUUUCGACUGUGUCAUGAAUGCAGUAUGCCUAAACAUGUACUGAUUUUAGAUAGAAACUGUGUUUUGUUUGGGAACUUUUGGAGGAAAGAUUUUUAGGGCUCUUGCAUUAGAUACAAAAAGUUCUGAAGCUGAGAUUCAAAGAGGCCUCAGUUGUUUCUCAUGAGACCACAAAUAUUUAUGAAAGGGAUUCAAAUCAGAAUAGGGUUUUAUUUUCAUUUGCUUUAGUAAUUUAAACAAUAGAAACGUUACUGAUUGAUGCAUCUGAUGUGUUGUUUCAUGUGUUGUCAUGUCACCGUCCAUACUCAGGAUUAAGGACUUGAAAAUCACUUACAAAUGCUUUCUGGACUGUUGCUUCAUCUGUCUGUAGUAUCUCAGUAACAUGUGCUAGUGAGUCUGACAAUGUCAAAUUUUCAGCCCUUAUGAUUAUUAGUGUAUGUGAAAGUGGCAGAUCCUGUGGUGUUGCUUUGGGAUUGUACAAGUGACUUUAUUCUUCAGUAAUAGUCUCAAAAGCAAAGAGAAAGACACCCCUAUCACCCUCAAAUCUGUUGGAAGAAGAGCUAUAAAUAAAGACUUUGAUUUGAUUUGACUAAUUAUAUAACCAAACUCAAUAAUCAAGAUUAUAUCCUUUAUUUUGUAAAGAAAUGGCUUGAGAAGCAUUUUUUCCAGUCAUUGGCAAAUAAUGAUCGCUUGUUGAAUUUUAAAUGAUUAGUGGACUCUGAUGCGUAGUAUUUCUGUUUUCUUUCUUUGUUUUUUUUUUUUUUUGUCACUAAUUCUUUUUAAUGUCAUAUAUUGAUGUGUUUGGAAUUAAAGCAGCCUUUUCCAGAGUAUUUUAUAAUUUGUAAUCCCUGGUGAUCAGUGGUUUUUCUUUUGAGAGAUUUGUUGUAUAACUCUUAAGGAGGUAUACAAUACACAUUAUACAAUAAAUGUAACAUUAAAAUCA